CACACAAGUGCUGUCGGUGUCCGGAUACGCGAGAGGCAACGCAGGCAUGAGGACGCACACCCUUUUGACGCUGGCUCUGCUGGGCCUGCUGCUGUGGGCCCCCCGCACCCGGGCCGACGACCAGGACGCCCCCGAACCCGAGGACAGCGACGAGGACGCCCCUAAACCAGAGGACAGCGACGAGGACGCCCCCGAACCCGAGGACAGCGACGAGGACGCCCCCGAACCCGAGGACACACAGGGAGACUCAUCGGAGGAGGACGGCGAGGCCGAGGUGCCACCAAAAAAGGAGAAAACAACAGAGAUAGAGGAGGAGAAGGAUGUGAUGGUUCUCCACAUCAACAACUUUGACAGAGCUCUCAGCGAGAAUCGAUAUCUGCUGGUUAAAUUCUAUGUUCCCUGGUGUGGCCACUGCAAAAAGCUGGAGCCCAUUUACGCCGAGGCUGCGGCGAAGUUGAAGGAGGAGGGGUCGGAGAUCCGUUUGGCCCAAGUGGAGGCCACGGAGGAGAUGGAGCUGUCCACGGAGUUCGAAAUCCAAGGCUAUCCUGUUCUGAAACUGUUCAUGGACGGAGACCGAAAGAAGCCCAUCGAAUUCACUGGUAAGAGGACAUCAGAGGGAAUAAUCCGGUGGUUGGAGCGUCGCGCCGGCCCCGGUGCUCCGCUGCUCGACUCCGCAGACUCUGCAGCUCGGUUCAUCGAGGCCCAUAACAUCACUGUUAUAGGAUUCUUCCAUAAUCCGGAGAGCGAAGCGGUCAAGGUGUUCAAGGAGGUGGCUUUGGACCUCGCCGACACAGAGUUCGCUCUGUCAGCGAGUCCGGAGGUUUUCCAGAAGUACGAAGUCAAAGCCAACUCAGUGGUGCUCUUCAAAAAGUUUGACGAAGGAAGAGCAGACUUUCCGCUCUCAGACGACGGGGAGCUGAACCCACAAAAUCUGACCGCCUUCAUCAACCAAAACAGCCUGGAGCUGAUCAUCCCGUUCAGCCAGGAGAAUGCACCGCUGAUCUUCUCCUCGGGCGUCCAUCUGCACUGCCUGCUGUUCAUCAACUCCUCCGUGGAGAGUCAGACCGUCCUGGUGCACCAAUCCAGGCCCAUCGCCAAAGAGCUCAGGGGAAAGAUGCUGUUCGUGAGGAUCGACGUGUCUUCAGCUUUGUCCAACGUGCUCAAUUACUUCGGCGUGUCCGAGAAAGACGCCCCCACCGUGCGCCUCAUCAACAUGGAAACGGAGAAGAAGUUCAGCAUCGCUGCGGACGACCUCACCUUGGAUUCACUCAGGCGGUUGUGCCAGGACGUCGUUGCCGGCACGGCAAAGCCUUACUAUCGUACGGAGGAGAUCCCAGAGGACUGGGACAAAGAACCAGUCAAAGUCCUGGUGGGAAAGAACUUUGAGUCCGUCGCUACGGACCCGACCAAAAACGUCUUUGUGGAGUUCUAUGCUCCAUGGUGUGGACACUGUAAGGAACUGACCCCCAUCUGGGAACAGCUGGCCGAAAAGUACGCCGACCGCGAUGACAUCAUCAUUGCCAAGAUAGAUGCCACGGCCAACGAGGUGGAGUCUUUAACCAUCUCGGGGUUCCCGACCCUCAAAUACUUCCCGGCGGAUGGCAAAGAGGUGGUGGACUACACUGGGAAGAGGGAUCUGGAGACCAUGUCCAAGUUCCUGGACAAUGGAGGAGUGUUGCCCCCGGCUGAAAGCCAGGAGGAGGAGGAGGAGGACUUUGACGACGAAGAUGACGACACCGGUGACGAGGAGGCUCCUGAUUCUGCAGAGGUACCGACCAACACGACGUCUAAAGACGAGCUGUGAUGUCACUUUGUUUUUUUGAUCAGUACCAAUUUUUCUUAAUAAAAUGAAUUUGGGUUACAAACAUAAA